AGAAAUCGUUUCCGUGUAUAAACUCGUAAAUUUGUGGAUAUUUGCGCCGUAUCUCCUGGUUUACGAAGUUCUGUACAAUAGAGGCGCAGAUAUUUAGAGAAUGAAGGAGGACAAGCCCAUCGUCAUCGAUGGCGUCACAGAAGUCGACGAUUUGGCCCUCGUCACUCACUUUGCCCAGACCGAAACACAUCGCAUAAAGGAGCUAGAAUCCUUCAAAAAACCGAAAGGAAUAACAUCUCAACGGUAUGUUUGUGUUUUCCAAGGCAACAACUAUAGAAUUCUUGAAAGACCCUCAAUUCUCUACGGAGGGGACGAGAGCGAUGCUAGUGAUUCAGAUUUAGAGCUCGAAGUUAAGCAUAGAGAAUACAUGCGUAGCGCCGAUGUCAGCGACAUAAUUGAUCCCCUGGACAAUUUGCGGAUCAUUGAUACCGUUGAUUUACCCGAAAAGGUGGAUAUCAGUCUGCCAAUUAGCAAAAUUGGCACAUGCCAGUCAUCUCUUGGCAAUAUCGUAGUUGUAGAAUCCAUAGAGAACCACAAAGUAUUGGACCUUGGCUCCAUCGUAUGCAAGGACGAUAGGACGAUUCUAGGGACCGUAAAUGACACCUUUGGUCCCACUCAAUCUCCCUUUUACAUGGUCAUUCUCAGGGACGAAAAGGUAAAGGUGCAAGUGGGCCAAGACAUCUACUACGACGUCCAUCACAGCACAUUUGUCACGGAUGAAUCUACAGACGCUCAUUUCACGGUUGAGCAGGACUCGGAGGAGGAAGAAGAGCAUGAAGAGCUCACAGCCAAGAAACAAAGCAAACUCAAGCAGUCCUACAAGGACCUGUAG